AUGUGUAUGGGGCGCGCGAAGCAAAUCCUUGUUUUGAACACGCUAGUUCUGUAUCUCGAAAAAAUGUUGUUCAAUUCAUUUCACCGGCAUAAGGAGAUUGGGAAUGCGAAAUCCCAGAUCAAUCAAGCGGAAGAUCAAAAGGACAGCUUGAAAAUCGCUGAGCCAUCGACUUAUAGCCAGCCAGCAAUCCAAUCAAUCCCGUCAACGGCAACUGAAACCUUCCAGCCAAAAGACCUAUGGCAAACUGCCUAUGACCAGCUCGAUGAGGACCUGCAGCAGAUUUUGUUAUGCACCCAAAGCUCUACUGAAUCAAGUGAUCAGAAAGCUGGCUCGAGAGAGCUGGUCGACGAGAUCAUCCAGGUGACAAAACAAAAAUACGAGGAAUACCAGCGGAAGUCAGAUCAGACACUUCGAAAGACUUCGCGGUAG